AUGCCGUCGACUAACUUGAUCAAGAGAGACUGGGAGAAGGACCAUGUCUACCUGGUGCAAUUCCCAAGAGCCGGGAUGAUCCCAUCACCAUCUCCAUACGCAUUCAAGUUGGAGACAUUCUUGCGUGUGGCGGAUAUUCCGUAUACGAGUUCUGAAAGGUCCAGGAGCCAGAGCUGUGCCACUGUCGGGUGCGGCACUUUGAGUCCUUCUGGGAGCAGUAGGAUACGGUGGCAAUUGGUCCACGGCAAUAUACCCACGGCCAGAGUCAUGGCUGGUCCCAAUUUUCCCACCCUUAACUAUAACUCUUUCAGAACAUUAACAACGAGUUCAGCAAGAUGUCCGCUCGCGGUCAAAUCCCAUUCAUCGAGCUCAACGGACGUCAGCACGCCGACAGCACCAUCAUCAUCGAUAACCUCAUCGAGCACUUCCACAAAUCCGACCUCGAGGAUCUCUCUCAGGCAGACAAGGCUGUCGCAAGAGCCUUCUUCGCUCUCACCGAACAUCAUCUCUGAAGAGGUUCUCGAGCAAGCCAAGAAGGAUCUCGACGCGCUGUCUGUGCAGUUGGGAGAGAAGAAGUAUCUCUUCGGGAACACCAUCAAGACGAUCGACGUCACCACGUUCGCCCAUCUCGCCGAACUCAUCUACACACCACAAUUCAGUCCAGAAAUCGCGACUCAUCUUGAGGAGAAAACUCCAAAUCUGCUGGUCUACGUCAAGAACAUUCGCGAUCAAUACUGGCCAGACUGGGAUGAGACCACGGAGACGAUGAAGAUGGACACGGUGUGGAAGAAGGCCUAG